AUGGCUCCGCGCUCCCCGCUCAGCGCUGCUGCGGCGGCGGGGGGCGGCUCAUGGCAGGGAGAGGCGGCGGCGACCCGCGCGCAGCGGGAAGUCGGCGGCUCCGGCGGGCAAGGGCGGAGGGGCGGCGGCCGCGCCGUGGGAGAGAGGGAGGACGGGGGAGGGGAGGCGGCGGAGCUCCGCCAGCCUGGGGGACGGGAGGCAGGGAGGAAGGGAAGGCGAGGGCUCUCCUCGGUUCAGCCGGGGACCGGAGGGGUGGGCGGGGGGAUUGUGGGAGGCAGAGGGAGGCGCGGAGCAGUGCCCGGCCCUGGCGCCGCCGGCAGGUGGCUGAAGCUGGUGGCUGCACAAUGGAGAGCCCGGGGCGGCCUCGCUCGGCCCCACUCGAGCACGGCGGGACCAGGUGGGGCGGGGCGGGGCAGGGGUCGCCACCGCCUUUCGGCCGCCAGGUGCUGA